AAAGAAGCAAAAUUUUGUUUUUCUUCAUCAGUAGCAACAGCAGUGAAAAGUGGAUUUUGAUGUAAAUUUUAUUUCAAUAAAUAAAUCCAAAUUCCAUAUAAUCAAGUGUUGGAAAAACUAAAAACUUGUAACCAACUAUUUUGCUUCAACCUUUUCAGAAAAUAGUGAAUUGAAGUUCUCCGCAAUGAAGCGGAAGUUUAACUAUCCGAACGUUACGAAUGUAGCGCAGAUUUUGCUCGACCGAAACUACGGCGACAUCGAGCAUAUCCUUAAAAAUCGACUGAAAACAGCCCCGCAGUUUAUUGACAAGAUCGAACUCGAGGCGGAACUGAAAGGACACAACGGCUGCGUCAACUGUUUGGAAUGGAGCACUAACGGACGGAUCCUUGCUUCCGCUUCCGAUGAUUUCCAUGUCAUGCUUUGGGACCCUUUCACCCACAAGCAGAUUCUUGAUUUGGCUACCCCACAUGAGGGAAACAUUUUUUCGGUUAAAUUCCUGCCGAAGCGGAACGACUCGAUUGUGCUGACCGGAGCCGGUGACUGCAAACUGUAUGUCUUCGACAUCAAUCGGGGAAAUGACUUGCCCAUUCGGAAGUGCCAGUGCCACGGGCAACGGAUAAAGCGGCUGGCCACGACACCGAAGCUGAUAAACCUAUUCUGGUCCGCGGCAGAGGACGGCAAGGUGCUGCAGCAUGACAUGCGAACGGCGCACACUUGCAAGGCCAAUGAUGCGAAUGUACUGAUCAACCUGAAGAAUCACAUUAACCAGAUACCGGAGGUGAAGUGCAUCGCAAUCAACCCACACCGGCCGGAACAGAUGGCCAUCGGAGCGAACGAUUGCUACGCCCGAAUUUACGAUCGACGGAUGCUGUCGUUGAUGAAGUUCAGCACCACGGGAGAGUUCAAGCCAAAUGAAAGUGGAGCGGAUAACGUCCCACAGGAAGGUUGCGUCCAAUACUAUUGUCCUGGGCACCUCAGUCGCAACAAAGGCACUGUCUACUCCAUUUACAACCAGAAAGCCAUCACCUAUCUUACCUUCAGUCCGGAUGGUACCGAAUUGCUGGUCAAUAUGGCUUCGGAGCAAAUAUAUCUGUACGACCUCAAUUGUCCACGGGAACCCAAGUUUCUCGAGUUGCCGAAAUUUACCGAACCAAUCAAUGGCACCAAUGGAACGACGGUGAGGAACGGCGAGCGAGUAAAGCACAAACUUCCACCGGAAGUCGAACACAUGAAGAAGGAAGGCAAUGCCAACCUGGAGAAGGAAAAGUAUCUGCAGGCGAUUCAGCAGUACACGCUGGCAAUCAGGAAGGCACAGAAAAAGGACUGCUCCAUGUUGUACUUGAACAGGGCGACCGCACUUAUGAAAAGAAAUUGGUUCGGCGAUGUGUAUGCAGCCGUGCGUGACUGUCAUCAGGCUCUACGUCUUGAUCCACAUUACGUGAAAGCCCACUUUCGCUUGGCACGUGCACUGCUAAAACUGGGUCAGCUUCAAGAUGCCUCGGAAUGCCUCGCGGAACUUAUCAAACGAUUUCCGUCCUACGCGAAAAACCACGGUGUACUGAUGUUGGACAAAGAUAUCGAAGCCGAGCUCGAGAAGCAACGUCAACGGCAACGGGAACGUAUACAGGAACCCGAUGCGGAUCACUAUUCGGUGAACGAGUUGGCUUGGCGUGCCGGUGCACUUGAUUAUCAGGAUCGUUUCGUCGGUCAUCUAAAUACGAAGACUGACAUCAAGGAGGCAAAUUAUUUUGGAGAUGCAAACUACAUCGUAGCAGGCUCGGAUGACGGCAACUUCUUUAUCUGGGAUCGUGACAGUGGUAUGAUUUCCUCCAUCUACCAAGCAGACGAACUGAUUGUGAAUUGUGUGCAGCCGCACCCGUAUGAGUGCCUGUUGGCAACGAGCGGGAUCGAUCACGAGGUCCGCCUGUGGUCACCGCAACCGUUCGAGAAGGUCCCGGUGAAACACCGGGUGGAUGUCGUCGAUGGCACCGUAAACGAGAACCAGAACCGAAUGCAAUCCGAUCCGUUCGACUCGUUUGUACCGGACCAGGCCAUGUGCCGCGCUAGUUAGCUUCUGAUUUCUGACUCAACAAUGUGAUCGAAUGUAGGAUUAUUAAAUUAUUCGCAAUUGCGAUACGAUUUUUAUACAGCUGAGCAGCGGGCUGGCAGUAACCAAACGUGUCGGAGUUGAUAUACCUGUUACAUGCCCCAGACUUGAACGUCUCAUUAUCCUAUAUAAUUGUUAGCACCAUCACUGAUAACCACUCAUACUAUGUACCGUUGAAUUGUCAUCCAUUAGCAGUAGAUGAACAUAAAUAGUAGUUGCAUGUAAUAAUUCAAUUCAAUACGCUACAGGCCUCAGACAGCAGAAACAGUUCAAGGGUUUUCGGUUUGCUCAAAUACUCAGAUCCGUUAAAAACCUAUUUAAAAGUUUUUGGCAAUACUGUGAAAAAAAGAAAGAAAUUAUUUAGUGAUUUGUACUUUUGGAAUGUGAUCCUUUUUACGAUGAGUUCGUAUACGACAUUAAAGAUUGUUUUUUUUUUAAAUUAUAUGUUUAUUUAGAUUUGUCUCGUUUGAACCUCAGUUUCGAGCAAACGUGAAAUAUUGUUGUGAAGAUGGAAGAUAUACUUAAUGAAUAACGUCAUGUUCUGAACGCUGAUCGGAUUAUAAUAAAACAAAUUAAACUAUUACAA